AUGCUUUUUUUGCUUUUCAGGCUAAUAUCUCACUGUCGGCUACCAAUGGCCAGUUGUCGCAGGUUUAUCGAUAUCGGUGCGAAUCUGACGGAUAAAGUUUUUCGCGGUUGCUAUCGCGGUCGGUCACUACAUGCCGAUGAUUUCGAUGCGAUACUGAACCGUGCAUUUGACAUCGGUUCCUAUUCAGACGCAUGUGAAGCAAUAAAACUAUCCCGGACUGAUGAACGCCUCUUCACAACGGUUGGGUGCCAUCCAACCCGAUGUAUCGAGAUGGAUGUUGAUCCGUCUGAGUAUGUGCAACAAAUGGAAACCUUGAUCAACGAUAACCAGCGCAAAGUGGUUGCUGUGGGUGAAUGUGGACUGGAUUAUGAUAGAGAAUUCUACUGCCCUCGAGAUAUUCAGCGGAAGCACUUCAAAUUCCAGCUUCAGUUGGCUUCCCGCGUUCGUCUACCUCUAUUUUUGCACUGUCGUGCUGCACAUGAGGAUCUCCUAAGCGCGUUGAAACAAGUCCAAGCGGAAGCGUUCCAUGAUCAGCCUAUUCGUGGUGUUGUUCACACAUUCGAUGGCACGUGGUCCCAAGCUGAACAAUUCCUCGAAAUGGGUCUCUAUCUUGGAGUUAAUGGAUGCAGUUUAAAGACGGAAGAUCAACUUGCGGUACGUGCAAUAGUGUUGUUAUAUUGA